GUUAUGUUUGUCCUGCCGUCGCUACUCAUACUGAAAGUGAAAGAAGGAACGGGGCUGGUUAACAAAACAGUCCAUGUCGAGUUGUGUCAGUUAAACGAUCAUUCCACCACCAAGAGACGUCGCCUUGUAAAGGAGUGUGUAAACUAACAUGGCCUCGAUGGGUAUCCUCCUUUUUUUCACUGCCAUCUACAUCAGAACAAGAAAUACAAACGCAGCUUAUGUAAAUGUGGAAUGCCAGACUGAAAACGUGGGACAGUAUGGCCAGCAGUCACUGCUGCAGUGUGUUGUCAAAACCUCACAAGACGUGGUAGACCCAGAAAUCCGGGUGGUCCUUUGGAAGAAAGAGGGAGUCGAAAAGCAAGUAAAGAACAACCCUUUACUGCUUUUUAACAGAGGGGAAAUUAAGCUCAAGCCAGGCUAUUCUUUUGCUGAGCCAUCCUGGAAUGUCAGAAACAUGAACGUAUCCCUGCUCAUCACCAACACUGCUGUAGAGCAAGAGGGAGAUUAUACAUGUACGGUGAUAACAAACAGCGGCGACAGCUCCAGCAGCACCAGCCUUAAGGUCACAGCCAAAUACAACAAACCAACUAUCCACUCCAACCCUGAGACAAUAACUGUUAAUACAGAUGUAACCCUGAUGUGCGAUUCUGAUGGUGGCUACCCAAAAGGUCAACUUCGCUGGUUUGAUGAGAACAAAACGGAGUGGACAAAAAGCUCUCAAAUGGAGGCAAAGCUGACAGAAAGUGGUCUGUUUCACCUCUCUAGCAAGCUGUCUUUGCUGAAAGGAUCCAUUUUCACCAAAUACACCUGCAAAGUGUUCAAUGCCAGUGGAGACAAAGAGGAAGAGGCCACAUUUGAAGUACAACAUGCCGUCACACCAGGGAUACAGACGGGGGAAGGGUUGGGUUCAGCCUCCAAAAUCGCUCCUGUGGUGGUCAUCGGAUCUCUGAUUGUAGGGUUGUUGGUGCUGUUGGCGCUGCUGAUCUAUAGAAAGCGAUCUCAACGUGACCAUCAAGGGCUCACUACAUGCGAUCACGAUGACGGUGGUCAUCAGGAGAGGGAUAAAACAUGCCAAGUCAGCCAGGCCACUGAAAAAAAUAGUUAUUGGAAUUUAAUUGAUUUUAAUGUGUACAGCUGUCCCACAUGAUCAGAAUGUGGCUAACUGACACUUUUUUUUCGCUCUCUCUAUUACUUAUUUCUUGUAAAACCAACAUAUUUUAUUCACAUUAGACUGUCUAUUCAAAUUGUGUUAAUUUAACAUUAUUUUUCCGUUACAGUAAUACGAAUUUAUUGUGUAAUGUUAAGUAAUUUCAUCAUGUUCAGGAUACCUGAUUUUAGACUAACUGCAACUUGAUUUCUUAAAGCUAGUAUUAUGUAAAGGUAUUAUGUAACUUUAAGGCAAUUUCAUCAUGUCCCUGGUACCCAAGUGGGGUCUCUAAAUCUAACAUAACUUGUUAAAGUUAACUCUAUCCAAAGGUAUUGUAGCCAUCGGUUCCUUGUGUGUGUGUGUGUGUGUGUGUGUGUGUGUGUGUGUGUGUGUGUGUGUGUGUGUAAAUACAGUUGUAUGGUGAAUUGAUUUGCAUUGACAAAAAAAAGGCAGUCAGAGUUCGGUACUCAAAAUUGUCUAUAUUGAGUAUUAAAACUUAGAACGUACCAAUUUUUAACCUCUACAUCAACAGCAGUGGAUUCAACCACACAACAAUGCAAACCACAAUGUUUUCAAAUUGUUGUAAAUUCUACAGUGCAAUGGUUUUAAAUAUAAAGUAACCUCACACUAACCAUCUUCACAGUGUAACAGUAGGAGCAUAUACAUAAUUCAAAACAUUCAUAGUGGACUUCAAACAAAGACAUUUAAUACUUCAAACAUAUCUUCAGUGGACAUGGCAAAGACAAUUAUAGUACUCUUUUCACAUUAUAUUUAAAAGUGCAAAUACAAAAUACUGUGAACUGUUAUCA